AACCAACAAAAUCGGACAGAUUCACAGACAACUCACCCUAUAAAAUCAGAAGAGCGCGCGUCCUCUUUAAACGAAGAGAAACGAGAGAGAUGGAGCAAAAAACAAACCCAAUUCACAUUGUCAUGUUCCCAUGGUUGGCAUUCGGCCACUUCAACCCCUUCAUCCAGCUGUCCAACAAUCUCUCCAAGGACAAAACCAUCAAGAUCUCCUUCAUCUCAACCCCAGCCAACAUCACUCGCAUCUCCUCCACUCUCUCAUCCACCGUCCAAAUCAUCCCAAUCAAACUCUCACACGUCGAUGGCCUCCCACCUGGCGUAGAGAACACAUCUGAGAUGACCCUACAACAGGCCGAGCUCCUCAAGAAGGCCGUCGACAACAUGAAGCCCCAAAUCGAGACUCUCCUGACCCACCUCCAUCCCCACAUCAUCUUCCACGAUUUCUGCCACCAAUGGCUACCGUCCAUCGCAACCCCACUCAGCAUCAAGACCUUCUUCUUCUCCGUCCUCAACGCCACGCUCCUUGCUUACGCCGCUGUCCCUUCGAGGCUCGUUUUUCCCCAAAAUAUCCCCACCCUUGAAGACUUGAAGAACCCACCUCCAGGAUUCCCGAACACCUGCGUUGCAGCGCUCUCGGCCUACGAAGCCCGAGAUUUACUCUACAAUUUCAAGAAUUUCGGUGGCCCGAGUGGCUACGAGCGCAUAGUGUCCACCAUGAAGAACAGCUCCGCCAUACUACUCAAGACUUGCAUGGAAAUGGAAGCUCCCUACAUCGAAUUCUUCAAGGCCCAGUACGGUAAACCGGUCUUACUGGCUGGUCCGGUGGUCCCGCAGCCACCUACCGGAGCCCUCGAUCAACGGUGGGCCGACUGGCUCGACCAGUUUCCGGAAAAAUCAGUCAUCUACUGCGCCUUUGGGAGUGAAUCCUUCCUGGAAGACGAUCAGAUCCGAGAGGUGGUUCUUGGGUUAGAGAUGGUGGGACUACCAUUUCUGGUGGUACUGAAUUUUCCAAACGGGGAAGAUAAGGUAGCCCGCUUGAAGGCAGCGUUGCCGGAAGGGUUCGAAGAAAGGGUGAAGGAUAGGGCGGUGGUGCAUACGGGGUGGGUGCCGCAACAGCACAUACUAGCGCACGUUAGCGUGGGCUGCUUCGUGUCCCACGCAGGGAUGAGUUCUCUCGCCGAGGCGCUCGUUAGUGACUGCCCGCUCGUGCUUUUGCCGCAGAAGGCUGACCAGUUCUUGAACUCGAAGCUGGUGAGUGGGGAUAUGAAGGCAGCCGUAGAGGUAAAAAGGGACGAAGAGACGGGCUAUUUUGGUAAAGAGGAUUUGUGUACGGCUGUGAAGGCUGUGACCGAGUGGGUUGAGGAGGAGCCUUGGAAGACGAUGAGAGAGAAUCAUAGAAAGUGGAGGGAUUUUCUGCGUGAUGCCGACGUGCACGAGAACUAUUUCAAGGGUUUUGUGGAAGAGAUGAAGGGGAUGGUGUACGGUGACGAUGGAAUGCAGGCGUGAAUGAAGGUGAGCGCGCACGACCUGACCGUCGAGCCCACCUCAAUGUAUGCUCUGUGCAUCCAUGCCAGCUAUCCGUUCUGCCAACGUACUUGUAAGGGCAGCUUUGGAUACCUGAAAAAUUGAAGAUGGUAUUUCUCUGUAAACCCUAGGGCUGUUUCGGAGCAUAGAUUUGGAACCGCUGGAUUUAAAAUUUUCCAAUUGUGUCUGGAAUCGCAGUAAUUUAAAACUAGUUAUGCAUGA